GAGCAGAUAGACGAUUCGACAUUCAGCACUGUAAACGACGACGCCCCCACUAGGGUAGUGGCCGAUUGCAGCAGCUCGCCUUACAUCACAAUUGCUAGCGCAGGUCUGAUAAAUAGCAUAACCUGGCGACCUAUGCUAUCGCUUGCAUCAGACCUUUUUCCCAUUAUCAUCUCGAUCGAGAAACCUGCCGACUUUGUUUCCGCGGAUCACCGGUCAUACAUCAACUUCAACAAAGCUGAUUGGACCAGAUUCGCGGAAUUUACUGAGGACAUCUUCUCAUCUCCCAUUCCCACCGAUGUGCGUGCAGGCGAACGCACAUUCCGCAAGGUGAUCACAACCGCCACGGCUCGCUUCAUACUCGCUGGACGGAUCCGGGACGUAUGUUCCAAUUUCCCAGCUGAAGCAGCUGUUCUGGCGAACGAACGUGAUCGCCCACGCCAAGCCGAUCCCGGGGAUGCUCGAAUAAAGGACCUCCAUUCGGAGAUCCGGCAACUGGUAACCCGACAUAAGCGGACCAAAUGGGAAGAGCAUUUGAAGUCCUGCAACUUCACCUCUUGUAUGAGCAAGCUCUGGUCCACCGUAAGGUCCUUGUCGAGCCCGACGAAACACAACGACAAGGUGGAUAUCACCUUCAAUGGUCGUACUUCGUCGGAUCCGAAGAGAUGCACAAGCUAGUUUAGCCGGCAAUUUAUACUGCAUCCUCCGGCCGACAGAUCCAAACGUUGUGCUACCAGACGGUUGCACAAACUGACAUACAACAAUGCACCGCUUGCUUUCUCCAGCGACGAGGUUCAGGGGGCCAUCAUUUCCACGACAGUCAGUUCUACGUUACCGAAACUACCCGGAUUUAUAUCCGGCCAAGUACUGUCACUCCAGCAGCAUUCACCGUAUGUAAGUAUGGGGAAUGUUUAUGUUGCUACAACAACAACAACAACCAUAAGGGGGCCAUCAAACUCAUGAAACCAUCUAAAGCCAUUGGCCCUCACGGACUAAACAUGCUGAUGUUGAAAAAGGUGGAUCCAUUGGGAGUCUAUGGCCACUCUCAUCAGUCCUGAUAAGUGGAAAUUAGGGAGAGUGGUCCCACUACUGAAGCCUGGGAAACCCGCCAACCAAGGGGAGUCUUAUCGUCCGAUAACUCUCCUUUCCCCAGUAAUGAAGACGCUUGAAGCCCUUCUACGCCCACUCCUUACAGAACACCUGACUCCAGCCUCACAUCAGCAUGGUUUCCGAAGAGUGCACA